AUGUCGUCCCCACAGAAGACACCAACAACUGAAACUGCAGACUCAACAACCCAUAUUCCCGCCGAACUCACGCCUCCUCUCUCCUCCACAAACACCACCCCCAAAUUCUCCCCGGACGCCAUCAUCGUCGUCUUCGUCCUUGGUGGCCCGGGCUCCGGUAAGGGCACCCAAUCUGCCAACCUCGUCCGCGACUAUGGCUUCACCCACCUGUCCGCGGGCGAUCUGCUGCGUGCAGAGCAACAGCGCGCUGGCUCGCAAUACGGCGACCUGAUCCGCCACCAUAUCCGCGAGGGCAUCAUCGUGCCCAUGGAGAUCACCGUGGCGCUGCUAUCGAAUGCCAUGGCCGAAACUCUUGAGCGGAAACGAGCGCUGCGGCGGCAGCAGCAGCAGCAGCAGCAACAACAACAACAAAAACAGCAAGAAGAAGAAGAAGAAGAAGAAACCCCUUCUUCGAGCGUUGCCAAUGACAGCAGGCCCGCCCGUUUCCUCAUCGAUGGCUUCCCACGCAAGAUGGACCAGGCAACCUUCUUCGAGGAGACGGUCUGCCCCUCCGCGGCGACGAUAUUCCUGCGCUGUCCCGAGGAUGUCAUGCUGGAGCGGCUACUGAAGCGCGGCAAGACCAGUGGCCGUGACGACGAUAACAUCGAGUCGAUCCGCAAACGGUUCCGCGUCUUCGAGGAGACGAGCAUGCCCGUUAUUCACCAUUAUGAGAAGGAGGGGAAGGUUGUGAGUGUCGAGGCCGUGGGGACCAUGGAGGAUGUCUAUGCGAGGAUUAGGGAGGGGGUGGAGCGGAGGGGGAUUACGCGCGUCACUGUUCCUGAGGAGAAUUGA